GCCUCACAACUCACAGCAUGGAGAAACAAAUCAGGCCUCAUGGACAGCCCGAUGGCGGGAAAGAGCGGAAGAGAAUGCAGAACCGGUUGAAUCAAAGAGCCCGAAGGGUGAGAUUGAAGCAGCUGGAUCCAGGCGCGGGCAGGUCCCGGCGACCCCCGUUCAGAGUCCAUCGGUGGCGUUUGGAUGAGCAGGAGGAGUCCGUCAUCAGCAACGAUCCGAGACGGCCAGGAGGAGUGAGUGGAGGGCAGGAUAGAGACUCUUCGCUUCCGGCAGACCACCAGCUGCUGCAUCUCAUCCAGUUCAACACCUGCCGGGCACUCUGGUCGAUCAAAAUCCUCCUGGCACGCUUGACGGUCUCUCUCAUGUCGUGUGCGGGCCAGACGGUGCCGAUCGACACCUACGACGUCUUCCCUGCGUUUGCAGUGACAUUUUCCCAGCUUCCUGCCCGUCUGGGCUGUCUGGCGCCGACUCCGUUGCAGACAGACUGCUUCCAUUCCACUUGGAUGAACCUGUUUCCGUUUCCCAGGAUGCGCGACAACCUCAUCACCUGGCAGGCAUGUUUUGACCAUGUAGAGCUUGUGACGGACCUCAUUGGCAACCUCAUAAACACCACACUCUUCUAUGCAGGCCCUUCAGGUACGAUCCCUGCCGUGGCGGCCAGACUCGUCGUCUCAAAGGCCGAGGACGACGAGAUUACCGCGUCUCGCACGGGUCUGAUCGUCUGGGGCGAGCCGCAUCUCGCUGAGAGCUGGGAGGCAACCCCAGGCUUCCUUCGGAAAUGGGCUUGGGUCAUGGCAGGGUGCGAUGAGCUGAUCGAGUCAACCAAUCGCUGGAGACGGACCAGAGGGGAGGAACCAGUCCAAGUUUCCACUUUGGCAUAAUAUUAAAGACAACUGUACGUAUAUGGAAUCAACUAUAGACCCGAUCUUGUUCUGGUGCAGAUGAGCAUGUCUAGAUAGUAUGUAUAGGUGAUAUACCAUCAGGAGCAUGGGAAUAUCAGUUUUUGUCUCGUGCUCCUGUGCUUAAAGUCGCGGCAGGUAUAGAGACAUAUUUGCAGAUGAAGCUCUACUGCAU